AUGAAGCUUUUCACCUUAUCUCUCCAUCUCCUUGCGCUUGAGGUGCAACUCGCCCGUGCCGCCCCUAAGCCGCAGAAUCCUAGCAAAGGCGAACUAUAUUUCCUCCAAGAUAACCCUACGGGAUCAUCAGUGGUUUCACUCAGCAUUGGCCGAGAUGGCAAGCUGUCUGAACCACGCCACACGUCCACUGGCGGCAAAGGUUUCGGUAUUGCCGGCGCGAAUGGACAACUCGUUCCUGCUGGAUUGCACUCUCAAGAUGCCCUCGCUAUCGAUUACCCAUGGCUACUCACUUUGAAUUCCGGUUCAAACACAGUAUCGCUAUUCGAAAUCCCCGAAAACGAUCCCUCGCGACCUGUACUAGCCGGAAAGCCCGUAUCAACCGCCGGCGAGUAUCCCAACACAGUGGCACUGUCAGCCAAGCAUAGACUUGCAUGUGUAGCCAACAGCGGUGCCGUGCCUGGAGUCCAAUGCUAUUCCAUCUCCAAACAGGGCCGUCUUGAGCCUUUGGGCAAGCUGAAGCCGUUGAAAGUAGACGAGCCAACGCCUCCUCCCGCAGCGGCAGGGACUGUCUCUGAUAUUCUCUUCAACCCUUCCCAGACUGCCAUAUUCGUCACCGUCAAGGGGGAUGGCAGCAAUAACAACACAACUCCAGGCUAUAUCUAUGUCUACCCCUUGAUAAACGGUGUGCCGAGCGACCAUCCUGUUAUUUCACGACCGACACAGUUGCACGCUGACUUUGCUUUGACCUUCAUCUCGGACAGACGCGCAGUCAUCGCAGACACCACCUUUGGCGCAGCAUUUCUAGACAUCACGCCCAAUUACAAAGUCAGCGUAAGCCGUGUCAUCGACGUCGCCGGCCAAAUGGCCACUUGCUGGAUCAAAUACGUGCCCGCCUACGAUCUCGUCUUCCUAGGCGACGGCGGAGUUGCCGACAUCACCGUCCUGGAUGCCACGAGGGAAAACAUCAAAUACGUUAUCCCUCUUCCGGCUACAUCGGGCGGUUCCUUUGAUUUUGCCUUUGUGGGAAAUUAUCUUUAUACCCGCAAGGGAAACUCUGCGGUAUCAGUCAUCGACCUGAGUGGCAGCGAGAAGCGCAUUCCUAAGCUUAUUGAACUUUACAACACGAGUUCUCUUGGGGCUGCUGCGGACUUUAAUGGUAUGGCGGUGCUUACUUAUUAA